UCUGCCUGCCGGCGGCCUCGCGAGCUUGCGGGCCUCGGUGCGGCGCGCCACCUUCCCCUGCGGCCCGGGUCUUUAACUUGAGACGCCCUUGAGCUGAGGACCAUGAACCGCAGCCGCCAGGUGACGUGCGUGGCCUGGGUCCGCUGCGGCGUGGCCAAAGAGACGCCUGACAAGGUAGAGUUAAGUAAAGAUGAAGUAAAACGUCUCAUUGCUGAAGCAAAGGAAAAGCUACAAGAAGAAGGUGGUAGUGAGGAAGAGGAAAUAGGCAAUCCUUCAGAAGAUGGCAUGCAGAGCGCCCGCACCCAGGCACGACCAAGGGAACCCCUAGAGGAUGGUGACCCAGAGGAUGACCGCACCCUAGAUGAUGAUGAGCUGGCAGAGUACGACCUAGAUAAAUACGAUGAGGACGGUGACCCAGAUGCUGAGACGCUUGGUGAAUCUCUCCUGGGUCUUACAGUCUAUGGGAGUAAUGAUCAAGAUCCUUAUGUUACUCUGAAAGAUACGGAACAAUAUGAGCGUGAAGAUUUCUUGAUUAAGCCCAGUGACAAUCUCAUAGUUUGUGGCAGAGCUGAACAGGAACAAUGCAAUUUGGAGGUACAUGUUUAUAAUCAAGAAGAAGACUCUUUCUAUGUACACCAUGAUAUACUUUUGUCUGCAUAUCCUCUCAGUGUGGAAUGGCUGAAUUUUGAUCCCAACCCAGAUGAUUCUACUGGAAAUUACAUUGCUGUGGGAAACAUGACCCCUGUUAUUGAAGUAUGGGACCUUGAUAUAGUGGACUCUUUAGAGCCCGUCUUCACACUCGGGAGUAAACUUUCAAAAAAGAAGAAAAAGAAAGGAAAGAAGAGUUCCUCUACAGAAGGGCAUACUGAUGCUGUCCUUGACCUUUCAUGGAACAAGCUCAUCAGAAAUGUGCUGGCAAGUGCGUCAGCUGACAGCACAGUAAUUUUGUGGGAUAUGUCCGUGGGGAAACCAGCAGCUAGCCUCGCUGUGCACACAGACAAGGUCCAGACUCUGCAGUUUCAUCCAUUUGAAGCACAGACUCUAAUUUCUGGAUCAUAUGAUAAGUCGGUGGCUCUGUAUGACUGCCGAAGUCCAGACGAAAGCCAUCGGAUGUGGCGAUUCAGUGGGCAGAUUGAGAGAGUGACUUGGAAUCACUUUUCACCUUGUCAUUUUUUGGCCAGUACAGAUGAUGGCUUUGUAUACAAUUUGGAUGCACGUUCAGAUAAGCCAGUUUUUACACUCAAUGCACACAAUGAUGAAAUCUCUGGUCUUGAUCUCAGCAGUCAAAUCAAGGGCUGUCUUGUAACAGCUUCAGCAGACAAAUAUGUGAAGAUUUGGGACAUAUUGGGAGAUAGGCCAAGUCUGGUUCAUUCCAGGGACAUGAAAAUGGGAGUUCUCUUCUGUUCUUCAUGCUGUCCUGAUCUGCCAUUCAUUUACGCCUUUGGAGGUCAGAAAGAAGGGCUUCGAGUCUGGGAUAUAAGCACCGUCUCUUCAGUAAACGAAGCAUUUGGAAGGCGAGAGAGGCUCGUUCUCAGCAAUGCAAGAAGCUCAUCUAUUAGUGGCCCUUUUGGGAGCAGGAGCUCGCACACGCCAAUGGAGUCUUAAUGAACAUCAUAAAGUGGCCUCAAAAUGUUCCACAUUGUGGGGUUCAGCUCAGUGGCAGAGCGCCACCUAGCAUGCGCAAGGCCCUGAGUUCAGUCUCAGCCCUGAAAAAGAAAGAAAAGGAAAAAAAAAAUGUUCCACAUGCAGCUAGAGACAUAUAGUGAUGGAAACAAGAUUGGUUGCCUACUGCCUCACGUCCCUUUGUGCAGCUGUAGUGGCAAUACAGAGCAGGUCUUUGUGCUUGCCUCCAGGUGGGUGGUGUAUGGGGUUAUUGUUGGAUUUCUUGAAAAUGAUAAUAAAAAAGGUUUCUAAGAACUUA